UCUCUCUGUCUCUCUUUCCUUCUCUGUCUCUGUCUCUCAUAUGACUUUAACACAAAGUCUAAAACAAGACAGUCCUUCUCAGGUGUUUUCUUUUCCCCGAUAAGUUUUGAUGCUGAUCCACAUCGGACAGUAAACGGUGAUGGCAGACUCUGAUGCGCAAGAGACUCGCCAACCCGCAAAGGACUCGCCGUUCUCCAUUAAGAACUUGCUGAACAUUGAUGACAAACCCGCAAAGCCGAAAAGCUUUCUCGGCUCGUCCAAAGGAGUGUUUGAAGGCAGCUUCUUCUCUCGGCUCGGCGACUUGUCUUUCCCUCGAUUUGAGUUGCCCACACAGAGAAUUGGACUAUCAGCGCAGUAUUUGGAGAGAGCGUCUGCCUGGUGGUAUCCAUACACGCUCGGGACUCACCUGAGGACUGGAGGGUGUGAGAAGGCCAACCUUAGAGAAACAUCACCGGCACCGGACAGGCGGUCCCCGGAUCUCCAAAAAAGCGACCAAGAUGCCAAAGAGGAAAGCGCUGACGACGAUAUCGCACUGGAUGAGAGUGACUCAGAAGAGCCAAAGAAAGACAUCGAUCAGGAGGAUGAAUGGAGGGGCAAAACUGGCGAGCUGGACUCCGAUAGGAAACCCUGCCGGAAGAAGAAGACGCGCACGGUGUUUUCCAGGAGCCAGGUAUUCCAGCUGGAGUCCACCUUCGACAUAAAGCGCUACCUGAGCAGCUCGGAGAGAGCAGGCCUGGCCGCGUCCCUGCACCUGACGGAGACGCAGGUGAAAAUCUGGUUUCAGAACCGGAGGAAUAAAUGGAAAAGGCAGCUGGCCGCAGAGCUGGAGGCGGCCAACCUGAGCCAUGCGGCGGCGCAGAGGAUUGUGCGGGUUCCCAUACUUUACCACGAGAACGGAUCCCCUGAGACGGCCGGGGGUCCCGCUUCAAACUCACAGGGCAGCCAGUCACUCUUGGCUUUUCCUCACCACAUGUACUAUUCUCACCCGGUCCCACUGCUGAGGCCUGUUUAACACGGACUCCGUCAGUACGCGCUGUACAUAUGUUUUUAAAUAAGAGUGACCAUAAAAUAAAAAUGAAAUUUUGUAUAUUUUGUACAUUCAACGGGCACAAUGUUAGAUUAUUAUUAUUAUUAUUGAUAAUUUUGUCCUGCUGAAGCGAACUUGAGCGAGAGACGCAUAGUCCCUGCAACCAAAACACCAAUUAGAAC